AUGGCUUCCGGAAGCGGCUCCGGUGUCUCCUCCUCCUCCUCCCCCACCGCUACAUUGGAAUCACCUGAAUUCCCUGACUCUCACAAGCCAGGUCCCAGCCAGAGCAAGGUCGUCGCAGGACGCCGCAACCCCUCGAUGCUGCGUAUGGUUCUGGAGGCCCUGCAGGCUAAGGAACAGCGCCAGGGCACAUCGGUGGUGGCCAUCAAGGUCUACAUCCUGCAGAAAUACCCGACAGUGGAUGCCGCCCGCUUUAAGUACCUGCUAAAGCAGGCCCUGGACACUGGCAUGCGCCGAGGUCUCCUGACCAGGCCGGCCAACUCCAAAGCGAGGGGCGCCACGGGCAGCUUCAGAUUGGUUCCUAAGAACAAGAGAAAGAGCUUGACCAAGAGGAUGGGCGCCCUCACAGCUCCCGGGAGAGCCACCGGUGCCAAGCAGGUGGGCCCCAAGAAACCUCAGCAACCAAAGCGAAACUCUGCCAACAUGGCCAAGAUGGAGAAGGCCAUCACGAAACCGGGAGUGGCCAGCAAGGCUCGUCCCUGCUUAGGAAGUGCCCAGGAGAAGGGCUCCAAGAGAGCCAACCAUGCCAGCAACGUGGGGACAAAACUGGGAGAGGCAAAGAAGGCCGCUCCAAAAUCAAGCCAGGCCAUCAGGGUCCCUCCCAGUGCCAAUGGGUUCGGCGGGAAGACAAAGGUCAAAGGCAGUGGGCGCAGACAAGGCGCCACAGAAGAUCCCAGGAAAACCAGAGCUGAUGGCGAGAGAUCCAAGCCUUCAGCCAGUAAGGUCCACAACACUGUUGCUAUUCCGGCCAAAAAGAUGGCGGCAGCUAGAGCACCAAAGGGGACAACAAGUCACAAGGCUGAGGUGGGGCCCAAGACCAAAGCGACUCCCCAGGCUGGGGGCCCCAAGCCGCAGCCCCCACACACAACCAGGAAGACCGAGGUCCCCAAGAGCCCCAGAAGGCCUGGGCUGCUUGCCAAGGCCUCGUCGUCUAAGGCUCUUAGCAAGAAGGCAAAGGCUGAGAGCUGGGGCUAG